GGGUGAGAUGCGACCUCACAUCAGCUCGGAGGCCUCACCGAUCAGAUGGCAUAGCACGUGCUCCCGGACUUGCUGUGCUGGCAGCUCCUUUAUAUGCUCUCUUCUUACCUUUUCCAUACUUUAAUCUCUUCCACAUCUCAUUCUCAGGCCUACUACAUACGUAUAGUCGCUUGAGUGGUGAAAGUGGAGGAGCAGCGACGUAAGGAACCUAAGGCCUUACAAUAUUUCAAUCAGGCUGAAGCUGCGCAGCUGUUAUAAGAAGUGCCACGUAUGCAGGAUUCCAGCACCUCAAUUGCGAGUGCAAGCUUAAAAGGAGUCGAUUGCCAUCAUCCAUUUCACUCCUAACCAAGUCUACCCAACACAUGUUCGCAGCUCGACGCGCGAUGAUUACUUCGCCUGUUGCAAUGGCAAUCUUCUGGCCCCUCCUCCUGCUGUUGACCAAUAUCUUGCCAGGCUUCCCAGUAGACGCGCACGGAUGUCGGCAAAUCCAGGUCGCCCGGUGGAUGCCUUUCAACAACACCAAAUUGCGCGAAGUUUGUGAGAGCUCAUAUCACGCUGACGCAAAAUCCCUCUCGGACGAACAAAUUUGUUCGUUUUGGGCAAUGAAUACACCAGAUCGAGUAAACCAGGAAAAGGAAUUAGUGGGAAACUUCACUGGAGAGGCAGUCAAGGAUGCGGAUCCGUGUCUCAACUUUGAUUGCGACAAGUGCGACGUGACACUCGUCACUUUCGAUGAAUCUUCGGUGCUUGAUAACCGUGGUAUAUGUUGGGUUCCAAUCGCUGUCAUUCAGAUUCCUCGCGUUCAUCAAGAGGCGAAGCUCAAUCUGAAGCAAGGCAAGUGUGAUUUGAACGAGGUCCUCAACAGAUUCAAACAAACGUAUGGCGCCGACAUGAUUGAUACUUUCAUGCAGCAUCCCGAAUGGCAUACCCCCAAUAAAACGCUGCUCACGAUAAGACUGACAAAGAAGGCACGUACCUCGAAGACACCAAUACACGACAAUGUCAAGUGCAGUUAGUUGCAUCACCGUAGCUGGAUCUACUUUCCUUUCUCUGCAAUGAUCGGUCUUAGCAGAGAGUUCUAUUUAGUAAGUGUCUUUUCGCGUAUGCGCAUGCCAAUUGCAAUAGGAUUGAUUUUUCAAUGUGAUGUUGCAGUCUACGGCGAUCCGGGCUCCUUGAUUGCUGGCAGUUCUACAAUCCAGGCCUGCACUGUAGACGAAAUAUUAGUAUACAAGCUACACGCCGCCAUGGACUACUGUCCCUGAAAUACAACAUCUGGACGAUACGCAAAGCCAAGUCGAGGCGCCGUUGGAUUCUGAUCAAACACAACCAUUUGAUUCUUGAUGAAUGCA